GGCACCAACAUGAGAACAUCCCAUGUAAGACCAUGUCUGGGACAUGGCUUUGGCAUGUUAUUAUCAGAAGAGACCCGAGUAUCCUUAUUAUUCCAAUGUAGCUCAACGGGCUUGUAAAUGAAUCAUGUUCAUGAAAGUUCAGUUUAAAGCAUAAAUGGCAAGCUCAGGUAAGUUGUAAGACUUAAGAACUUAUUAUACUAUCAAUUGAUGUUCAACGAUGCAGCAAGGAUUGAGUAAGUUAUGCACACAAGUAUUCUAAGUAAACAAGUAAGAGAACUAGUAUGAGAUUAACUAAAGAGUAAACUAGAGAUAUAGACAUUGAGUUUAAUUAUUUAAGUUAAAUAUUGUUAUUUAUUUGCUAGUAAACUUACUAAGCUUUAUGCUUACUUCUUUUAUUUCUCUUUCUCUUAUAGUAUUGCAAAGCUACUUCAAGGAUCCUAAAGAAGUCGGAGAUCGUCCACACUAUCAACUACAACUGCUCGUUAUGGAUCCUGAACGAGCUAGUACAGAUGAAGUAGAGAGUAAUGCACCUAUUCCCGCAGAAGGGACGGUGCCAUCAGAUGUUAAUGUUAGUGAAAGACCUGCAUCAGAUAGACAGGGAGGAGGAGCUAGAGAAGCCUUCUUACAAGCCAUGACUGAUUGGUUUGCCGAGUUCGUUCGUACGAAUCCGGCUAUAAGACCUCCACCCCCUCAAGAAUCACAGGUUCCCCAUGUAGCUUCCCAUUGCGGUAUAGUUAUCGGAGAGACCACUGUUGAUAAGAUUAGGAAGCAAGGAAAUUUGAAGAAUUUGGGCUACCAAAGAUGA